CUCUUCGUCUCUUUAUUGCUUCUGUCUCCCUAAGAUACUUCCUUUCUUGGUGUCUUUUGGAUUUUAAUUCUUGAGCUUUUUGUUUUUGUUUUUUGACAGACAACAAAAAAGCAAGGAAAAAUUUAGCAUAUUUCAGAUUUGCAAAAACAGCUAUGGCGGCGGCUUCCUCAUCAUCUUCACCAUUCUUUGGAAUCAGAGAAGAAAAUUCAAGUCAGAUUACACAUCUUCAUCAAUCCCCCACAGCUGCUUCCUCAGCCGCUCUCACCACCAUGCCUCAGAAGAAACGGAGGAAUCAACCCGGAACACCAAGUCCAGAUGCAGAAGUGAUAGCAUUGUCUCCCAAGACCCUAAUGGCAACAAACAGGUUCAUAUGUGAGGUGUGCAAUAAGGGGUUCCAAAGGGAGCAAAACCUACAGCUUCACAGAAGAGGACACAACCUGCCUUGGAAGCUAAAGCAGAAAUCUAACAAAGAGCCAAGGAGAAAGGUUUAUUUGUGUCCUGAGCCCACAUGUGUCCAUCAUGACCCUUCAAGAGCUUUAGGGGACCUCACUGGGAUCAAGAAGCACUACUCUCGCAAGCAUGGUGAGAAGAAGUGGAAGUGUGAAAAGUGCUCUAAGAAGUAUGCUGUUCAGUCAGAUUGGAAAGCACAUUCUAAGACUUGUGGCACUAGAGAAUAUAGAUGUGAUUGUGGCACCCUCUUCUCAAGGCGUGAUAGUUUCAUCACUCAUAGGGCCUUCUGUGAUGCCCUAGCACAAGAAAGUGCAAGACUCCCAAAUGGCUUAACUCCUUUGGGGACUAAUUUGUAUGGCACCCCCACAAAUCACAUGACCUUAGGCCUCUCACAAAUUGGCACCCAAAUUUCUCAGCAGCUUCAAAAUCACAACCAAAAUGCCACUAACAACAACACCUUGCGCCUUACCGGUGCCGCAAAGUUCGAGCAUUUAAUCCCAUCUCUAAACCAAUCCUCAUCAUUUGGAGUACAACACUCACCACAGCAAUCAAUCCCUUCCUCAGCUUUCUUCAUGACUGAACCAAAUCAAACAUUUGAUCAAGAACCACACCAAGGACCAUUUUCAAACAAGAACCUAAAUGGUUUGAUGCAACUUCCUGAUCUUCAAGGCAACAACAACACCAACUCAAAUUCUCCUUCUAAUCUCUUCAACCUCAGCUUCUUUCCAAAUAGCACCAUGAUGGAUCAAUUCAACAAUCACCAAGGAACAACAUCACUCUAUAUGAACAACAACAACAACAACCCUAUCAUCAGUGAUCAUCAUCAAGUUGGUAACUCUGGCUUGUCUUCUUCACUCUUUGGAAACUCAUUGCAACAUGAAAACAUGUCAUCUCCUCACAUGUCAGCCACUGCAUUGCUUCAGAAAGCUGCUCAAAUGGGUUCAACCGCCACAACCACCAAGGGUGCAGGUGGUUCUUCUAUACUAAUUAGAGGAAUGAGUACUAGCUCAUCAACCUAUAAUAAUAAUGAUUCCAGAUCUGACACUGAAAGGGACCUUGUAUCUGAUAACAACAUUGCCACUUUUGGAAGUGACCAAAGAAGAGGGGAGGGUGUGAAUGUGAUAAUGAGAACAAACAUGGAAAAUGACCGCCGCAAUCUUCACGGAUUGAUGAUCAACUCUAUUACCAACGGGAACAACACAUCCAUAUUUGGUAACAUGCAAGGGAAUGAAAAGUUGCCACAAAAUCUUGAUUUGAGUUUUGGAGGUUCUGACAAGUUGACGUUGGAUUUUCUGGGUGUUGGAGGAAUGAUGAGAAACAUCAAUAGUGGUGGUGAACAUCAACAACAACGUGUGAUGGAUCCUCAUGACCUAAAAUCAGCACAGUCAACUCAGCUACAUUUUGGAAGCUCAACUAUGCAAUGAGGAAUUGCAAGAUAAGGGAGAGAGGAAGAAAGGAAAUUAAUGUUACGUAUGAACUUGUUUAGUUUUAAUUAUUAUCUUUUUCUCAGAAGAAGUGUAAUUGGUAUGUUAGGGUUUCAGUUCUAGAAAUUGCAAACAUUUUGUAUUUUUGUUGAACUAGUCGCAUUCCCUUUCCCUCCAUCUCUCUUUGACAGUGAUAGACAUCUACUAAUAGAUUUACUGUUUUAUUGAA